AUGGUAUUUCCGAUCGAACUUAACAGGAUUGCGCAUCAUUUUCACAUGACGAACAAUGUAUGGAAAGUAGUAGCAACGUCAGUGACACUGACAGUGAUACCGCUUGCAUACUGGCAAUAUCAACAACAUGUUAAGCGAAAGGAGCAUUUUGAGGCGAUUAAAUUACUGCAAAAGGUGGAUCUUAUUGCAAUGGAAGUGUCAGCUCGGUUGAAGUAUCUAGAGACGCAAGUGAAGGAGCUAAUGGAGUAUGAAGCCAAGAAGGAGGAUGGGGAGACGGAAGAGGAAGACUCCGCGGCUAUUUCCACGUUGAACGCCUACUACCAUUUUGACUCGCAGGGCAACAAGCUCAAGACAAAGUGGGACGUGUACGACGUGGAUGCAGAGCUGGAGCGAUUGGAAUGCGAAGAGAAAGGAAUAGAAAUGUCGAUGGCUCCUAUGGAAGCUAAGAAAACAUCGCACAAGGCCCCGUCAAUCACAAGGUUAAAAGCACUGGCUACUUCCCAAGGCAUUGAGCAUGAGUUUGAGGCUGUGCUGUCAUUUUUAGACGACAUUCGUGGCAACGAUGAGGUAAAGCAGCUGCGUAAGUCGAUUGCAAACAAGAUAACGAGUGAUUGCUUUACACGCAUUGACGCACUCCAAGCAAUGCUCGCCUGA